GCAAGGUCACUAAACAGGCAGUCCCCCGGGGCUGCCCUUUUGUGUGCCAUGGGGGACAAGCACAGAGCAAGCUCCUAAGGACACCAAUAAUUUCAGGGCAACUGGACCAACAUCAAGUGCAGAGUGCUUUGUUCUGGAACUGCCAAGAUGGCAGGCUUGGUGCGAUGUGCUAGCAACUCUUCAUUGCCCUUCCUGCUGACAUUAAACACAAGGACGUUCCAGCCAUCAACUGGACAACGCUCUUUCAAAACUUUCCCUACUUUAUGGAGUGAUCAGUCGGCAAAAGGAAUUCGCUACAAGGAUCUUAUUGUUGGCGUGCCCAAGGAAAUAUACAAAAACGAGAAGAGAGUAGCUCUUUCUCCUGCUGGUGUCCAAGCUUUAGUGAAGCAAGGCUUUAAUGUGCAAGUGGAACAUGGAGCUGGUGAAGAAGCGAAGUUCUCCGAUGAUCUAUACAAAGACGCUGGAGCAAAAAUUGGGGACUUGAAAACGGUGUUUGGAUCAGAUCUUGUGUUAAAGGUCAGAGCUCCAGUCUUUAACGAAGCAUUGGGAGUGCAUGAGACAGCCCUACUGAAGGAGAAGGCAACACUUGUCAGCUUCAUCUAUCCGGCUCAGAACCCAGAUUUGCUGGAUAAACUUGCUCAGCGCAAGGCCACCGUCUUGGCAAUGGACCAAGUUCCUCGAGUCACUAUCGCUCAAGGAUAUGAUGCCUUAAGUUCAAUGGCCAACAUUGCAGGGUACAAGGCUGUAGUCCUGGCAGCCAAUCAUUUUGGAAGAUUUUUUACCGGUCAAAUUACUGCAGCUGGAAAAGUUCCCCCGGCAAAGAUAUUAAUCAUUGGUGGUGGUGUAGCUGGCUUAGCUGCAGCCGGAGCAGCUAAAUCCAUGGGAGCCAUUGUUAGGGGAUUUGAUACCAGGCCUCCAGCUCUGGAGCAGUUCAAAUCUCUUGGCGCGGAAACAUUAGAAGUUAGCAUUGCUGAAGCGGGAGAAGGCGUCGGAGGGUAUGCGAAAGAGAUGUCCAAGGAAUUUAUCGAGGCGGAAUUGGCCUUAUUUGCCAAACAAUGCAAAGAGGUGGACAUUGUUAUUAGCACUGCCCUUAUUCCAGGGAAAAAAGCUCCUACCCUGAUUACUAAGAAUAUGGUGGAGUCCAUGAAGGAUGGCUCCGUGAUUGUCGAUCUUGCAGCUGAGGCUGGUGGCAAUGUGGAAACCACCCAACCCGGAGAGCUUCACAUUCACAAGGGCGUGGUACAUAUUGGUUACACAGACCUGCCAAGUCGCAUGGCUACUCAGGCCAGUAGCCUUUAUUCAAACAACAUCUUGAAGUUAUUAAAAGCUAUUUCUCCCGACAAAGAAUACUUUUACUUUGAGCCAAAGGAUGAUUUUGAUUAUGGGACUAUUGAUCAUGUAAUUAGAGGGACUAUGGUAAUGAAGGAAGGGAAAAAAAUAUUUCCUGCGCCUUUGCCCAAAACCGUGCCCCCUGCUGCCCCAGCUAAGCAAAAAACUGUCCUGGAACUAGAAGCAGAAAAACAAGCUUCCAUCUCGCCAUUUAGAAAGACCAUGACAUCAGCAGGAGUUUAUACGACAGGCCUAACAACGGUUUUAGGGCUGGGCCUCAUUUCUCCUAAUGCUGCUUUUACGCAAAUGGUUACCACCUUUGGACUUGCUGGAAUCGUUGGCUACCAUACUGUUUGGGGUGUGACGCCUGCUCUUCACUCACCCCUCAUGUCAGUAACUAAUGCAAUUUCUGGACUUACUGCUGUUGGCGGUUUGGUGCUGAUGGGGGGCUCAUAUUUUCCUUCCAGCGUACCACAGACAUUAGCUUUACUGGCUGCGUUUGUUUCAUCUGUCAAUAUCGCAGGUGGCUUCUUAAUUACCCAGCGAAUGCUGGAUAUGUUUAAACGACCAACAGAUCCACCAGAAUAUAAUUAUCUUUAUCUUCUCCCUGGAGGGGUGUUUGUUGGAGGAUAUGGUGCGUCUCUUCUCAGUGGACACAGCAUUGAGCAGAUGAUGUAUCUGGGCUCAGGUCUUUGCUGUGUAGGUGCGCUAGCCGGAUUGUCCAGUCAGAGCACCUCUAGACUUGGCAAUGCUCUAGGGAUGAUUGGGGUCGCUGGCGGCAUAGCAGCUACGUUCGGUGCCCUAAAACCAUCCCCGGAAGUGCUGGCCCAGAUGUCUAUGGCCAUGGCUAUGGGUGGAACCAUGGGUCUCACCAUUGCGAAACGGAUUGAAAUUUCCGACCUUCCUCAGCUUGUUGCUGCAUUUCACAGUCUGGUGGGUUUGGCAGCAGUUCUGACGUGCAUUGCAGAGUACAUGAUCGAAUAUCCACACCUUGAUGUCCACCCUUCUGCUAAUGUUCUCAAAACAGUGGCCUAUUUGGGCACCUAUAUUGGGGGUGUAACAUUCAGUGGUUCUUUAGUGGCAUAUGGAAAACUGCAAGGUAUAUUAAACUCUGCUCCGCUUCUUCUGCCUGGUCGCCAUUACCUGAACGCCGGGCUGUUGGCAGCUUCAGUUGGCGGCAUGAUUCCUUUUAUGCUAAGCCCCAGCUAUACGACCGGCAUGGGCUGCCUCAUAGGAGUUUCAGGACUCUCCUCUAUCAUGGGAGUAACCCUGACGGCAGCUAUUGGUGGAGCAGAUAUGCCUGUAGUGAUCACUGUACUCAACAGCUACUCUGGCUGGGCCUUGUGCGCAGAGGGAUUUCUUCUGGACAACAACCUGAUGACCAUUGUUGGAGCCUUGAUUGGUUCUUCUGGAGCUAUCCUGUCUUACAUCAUGUGUGUGGCCAUGAACCGAUCUUUGCCAAAUGUCAUUUUGGGUGGAUACGGUACAACAUCCACGGCUGGAGGAAAGCCCAUGGAAAUAGUUGGAACACACACUGAAGUUGGAAUCGAUCAAACUGUUGACAUGAUCAAGGAAGCUAAUUCGAUCAUCAUUACACCUGGUUGGGGCCUUUGUGCAGCCAAAGCUCAGUAUCCUAUUGCUGACAUGGUAAAGAUGCUUAAUGAACAAGGGAAGAAAGUCAGGUUUGGCAUCCAUCCGGUGGCAGGCCGUAUGCCAGGGCAGCUGAACGUUCUGUUGGCAGAAGCCGGUGUCCCUUAUGACGUUGUGCUGGAAAUGGACGAGAUAAAUGAAGAUUUCCCAGACACAGAUCUGACUUUGGUAAUCGGUGCCAACGACACUGUGAACUCUGCAGCACAAGAAGAUCCAAAUUCAAUUAUUGCUGGUAUGCCUGUAUUGGAGGUCUGGAAAUCUAAGCAGGUCAUUGUCAUGAAGCGCACCCUGGGAGUUGGGUAUGCUGCAGUUGACAACCCCAUUUUUUACAAGCCCAAUACCUCAAUGCUGCUUGGUGAUGCCAAGAAAACCUGCGAUGCUUUACAAGCCAAAAUUAGGGAAUCUAUUUCUACCCAUUAGUAUUCCGUGUUUUGUGUAAAAACAUAGGGCACCAGCCACCCAACAAUAAACCUUGUUUAGUACCAUUAA